UAAUUUGGUCUACACAAACUGAAACCGUUUCAGGAAACGCUAAAUCCUGUUAGAUCAGGAAGGAUUUCCCUAAUGCAACUCCUUUGCGGCUUGGUCUCACUUUGACCCCUACAUUCGUCUGCAUUUAAUUCGAGGCUUAAUCCGUAUUGUUCUCAUUUCUUCCCAAGCAGUUAGCAGGAAUGGAGGAGUCGGCGCUCAAAGAAAAUUCUUCCGUUGCUACUGACGAAGAGCAUGACUUAAAUCAUGGAAGCAUGGACUCCAACCUUGAGAUUGCUCAAGAAGAAGAACAAGUUAGGGGCAUAUUGCAAGUUGUUUCAUCUACUGGAAAUUUUUGGCAUAAUUGGGAUAAACUGAAGAGCAUGCUCUCCUUUCAGCUGAAGCUGGUUUUAUCAGAGUAUCCUGAGGCAAAAAUGACAACUGAUCAACAAAAUGCUUCAUUGGGCGAAACUUACUCAGAUCUGGUGAAGCGACUAGAUGAAGAGCUUCAUAGUUUUAAUGAGGGCCCGCCGUUUACCCUUCAAAGAAUCUGUGAGAUCCUGCUGACUGCAAGAAGCAUCUAUCCAAAUCUUUCAAAGCUUGCCCUAGCACUAGAAAAGAAUUUGCUGGUAACCUCUACAUUGACAGUCUGCACCAAUCCCUAUCCACAAAUGAUGCCAAAUCCCGAACCAGAGAAGGCAAGUGAGGAAGCUCAACCACAGUCUAAUCCAAUCCAAAAUGGGGUUGAACCUGUGGUGGGAGACAGGGAUGAGAUAAUGACAGAGGUGGAGGAGGCUGAUAUUGAGGAUAUGACUAUUGACAUGGAUGCCUUCCAAGAAAUGGUUGGAUCAUCAGAAGCAAAUUCCACUGUAGCUGGGAAUUCUUAGGUUGAAAGCCUUUUCGACCCCAUAAACAACUUAAUUUUUGAAGUUUUUGGGUCCACAUGCUGCUCAUGUAGAGGUGCAGAUUUCUUGAAUGGUGCGACUAUUCUGUUACUAUUUGGAAGAAAUUUUCAGGAAGACAGCAGAAAUGGUCACAGCUUAUGGUCCCUAAGGUGUCUCCCUAGAUGCUGUACUUGUAAGAUUGCCCACAUGUAACAAGGACCAUUUAGCAAUUUAUGAAAAAUUAUAAAAGCUUAUGAUCAUGGUGAGACAACUGAAGUGGUAAUGAAUGAUGUGAAUGGAGCUGAAUGUUCAAUUGAAGCUAUUGUUGUUUAAAUAACGGUUUUGCAUUUUGAUUGUCGUGUUAAUAUUUAAUUAAUUAGUGGUUCUUGUCUCAUUACUUUCUAUAAAUGGUGAGCCUUGCGUGGAUUGUAUUGGUCCGAAAGCAAGGAGGUUGAAUUUUACAAUUAA